AUGGCCGCGUCAACGGUCGGAUUUAUUGUGGCGGUGUUUACGGCCAUUUCGACGACGAUCUGCCUGGCUUUCAUUGUUUACCUCGUCAAAGAUAUCAACAACUUCUACGACGAUACCAUCGUAGAACUUGCUCAGUUCAAGGACUUGGCCAACACUGCGUGGGAUCGAAUGAGAAUAGCUCCUAACGAAACUGUCAGAGUCCGAAGAGCAGGCUGGUCAAGUCGUAAAAGUCGACAUAUCACUGAAGAUCGCUGCAAAUGCGGUAAACGAUCGCAAAAAUGCCCUCCUGGACCUCCUGGCCCUCCUGGACCACAAGGAGAACCAGGAGAUGAAGGACCUCCGGGUGAGCCCGGACGACAAGGCUAUAGUGGUAUUGCGAUUGCGGGAGCAGGAGGCCCAAUUGGAUGCAUAAAAUGCCUUAUAGGUCCUCGAGGACCACCUGGACCACCGGGACCUCCUGGUGAUCAGGGCAUUGAUGGCCCCCCGGGUAUGCCUGCACAAAGCGGUGACGUCGGACCACCUGGAGAACCUGGACCACCUGGCGAUGAAGGACCGCCGGGGCUGCCUGGCCCUGACGGCCCACCAGGAAUGCCUGGGAUGCCAGCUCAACAUGGCGUCGGAGAACCCGGAGAAGAAGGUCCCAUCGGACCAGUAGGUGCUCCUGGUGCGCCAGGGCCUAACGGCUCCGAUGGAGGUAUGGGACCGGUUGGUCCAGCAGGACCCCCAGGAUUUCCCGGCAACCCUGGUGAGCCUGGCCCUGAAGGAGAGCCAGGUGAAGAUGGUGCAGAAGGAUUGCCAGGUGAUGAUGCCGAAUAUUGCCCUUGUCCAACCAGAACAGUCAGCUUCGAUGAGGAUGAAGAUAAUACUCCAGUGAGCACACGUGGCAUGCCACCAGGUUUCAAGCCAACCGACGAACCACUGCCACGGACAAAGAAGAGAUCCAAGAAAGGACAUCGUGCCCAUCGACGAUCAUACAAAAAACGACCAAUGAGAAAAUUGAGAAAAAGACAU